GCGGGGACGUCAGCGCUGCCAGCGUGGAAACGGCGGCGGAGCACGGGAGGCGGAAGUAGCACCUGGGACCGCGAGCCUCCAUCGGGCUCCGCCGGCCGCCUCCACCAUGGAUGCGCCCCUGGAGAAGAUAGCAGACCCUACAUUAGCCAAAAUGGGGAAAAACUUGAAGGAGGCUAUGAAGAUGCUAGAGGACAGUCAGAGAAGAACAGAGGAGGAAAAUGGAAAGAAGCUCCUAUCAGGGGAUAUUCCAGGGCCACUCCAAGGCAGUGGACAAGAUAUGGUGAGCAUUCUCCAGUUAGUUCAGAAUCUGAUGCAUGGAGAUGAAGAUGAGGAACCCCAGAGUGCCCGAAUCCAGAAUAUUGGAGAACAAGGUCAUAUAGCUUUGUUGGGACAUAGUCUGGGAGCUUACAUUUCAACUCUGAACAAAGAGAAGCUGAGAAAACUUACAACUAGGAUACUUUCAGACACUACCUUAUGGCUGUGCAGAAUUUUCAGGUAUGAAAAUGGCUGUGCUUAUUUCCAUGAAGAAGAAAGAGAAGGACUUGCAAAGAUCUGUAGGCUUGCCAUUCAUUCUCGUUAUGAAGACUUUGUGGUGGAUGGAUUCAAUGUGUUAUAUAACAAGAAACCUGUUAUAUAUCUUAGUGCUGCUGCUAGGCCUGGCCUGGGCCAGUACCUUUGUAAUCAGCUCGGUUUGCCCUUCCCCUGCUUGUCUCGUGUGCCCUGUAACACUAUGUUUGGAUCCCAGCAUCAGAUGGAUGUUGCCCUCCUAGAAAAACUGAUUAAAGAUGAUAUAGAACGAGGAAAACUGCCUCUAUUGCUUGUUGCAAAUGCUGGAACUGCAGCAGUAGGACACACAGAUAAAAUAGGGCGUUUGAAAGAACUCUGUGAGCAGUAUGGCAUAUGGCUUCAUGUGGAGGGUGUGAAUCUGGCAACGUUGGCUCUAGGUUAUGUCUCUUCGUCAGUGCUGGCUGCAACCAAAUGUGAUAGCAUGACACUAACUCCAGGCCCGUGGCUGGGUUUGCCAGCUGUUCCUGCAGUCACCCUUUAUAAACACGACGACCCUGCCUUGACUUUAGUUGCCGGUCUCACAUCAAAUAAGCCAGCAGACAAACUUCGUGCCCUGCCACUGUGGUUGUCUUUACAAUACUUGGGACUUGAUGGGAUUGUGGAGAGGAUUAAGCAUGCCUGCCAACUGAGUCAACGGUUGCAAGAAAGUUUGAAGAAAGUGAACCACAUCAAAAUCUUGGUGGAAGAUGAGCUCAGUUCUCCAGUAGUAGUGUUCAGGUUUUUCCAGGAAUUACCAGGCUCAGAUCCAGUGUGUAAAGCUGUCCCAGCACCCAACAUGGCACCUUCAGCAGUCGGCCGGGAGAGACACUCCUGUGAUGCACUGAAUCGCUGGCUGGGAGAACAGCUGAAACAGCUGGUCCCUGCGAGUGGCCUCACUGUCAUGGAUCUGGAAGCGGAGGGCGUGUGCGUGAGAUUCAGCCCUUUGAUGACAGCAGCAGUUUUAGGAACUCAGGGAGAGGACGUGGAUCAGCUCGUAGCCUGUAUACAAAGCAGGCUGCCGGUCCUGACCUGCACACUACAGCUUCGAGAGGAGUUCAAGCAGGAAGUGACAGGAACAGCCGGCCUCUUACACGUUGAUGACCCUAACUGGCCUGGAAUAGGGGUUGUCAGGUAUGAACAUGCUAAUGAUGAUAAGAACAGUUUGAAAUUGGAUCCAGAAGGGGAAAAAAUCCACACUGGACUCCUGAAAAAGUUAAACGAACUGGAAUCUGACCUUACAUUUAAAAUGGGCCCUGAGUAUAAAAGUAUGAAGAGCUGUAUUUACAUUGGCAUGGCACGUGACGACAUAGAUGUUUCUGAACUAGUGGAGACCAUUGCGGUCACAGCCCGAGAAAUUGAGGAAAACUCAAGGCUUCUGGAAAACAUGACAGAAGUGGUUCGGAAAGGAAUUCAGGAAGCUCAGGUUCAACUGCAAAAGGCCAAUGAGGAGCGCCUUCUGGAAGAGGGGGUGUUACGGCAGAUCCCAGUGGUAGGAUCCGUGCUGAAUUGGUUUUCUCCAGUCCAGCCUUCACAGAAGGGAAGAACGUUUAACUUAACAGCAGGCUCUCUGGAGUCCACAGAACACACGUAUGUGUACAAAGUACAAGAUACAGGAGUAACACCGCCUCAGACGCCCUCAGGCACUCGCACUAAACAGAGACUUCCAGGCCAGAAGCCUUUUAAAAGGUCCCUCAGAGGUUCAGAUGCGCUAAGUGAGACCAGCUCAGUCAGCCACAUUGAAGACUUAGAAAAAAUGGAGCACCUGUCCGGUGGGCUGGAACAAGAGGCCCUGGAGGCUAACAGCCCUGAGCAACACCCAGGGGCUCCCACCCCUCACGAAGCUGAUCAGACUGGAGCCUUCCAGAACAGAGCUCAGGGCCCAGAAGAUGACUGCCCACAGAUGAGGAAACCAGGGUCCAGAGAGUUAAGAUUUGCCCAACCUGUAAAUUCUCACCUCUAG